GCUCCGCCGGGCGCGGAGGCAGCGCAUGGAGUAAGGGCGCUCCCCCACGCGUGUCCCCGCUCCCACGGCGGGCGGGCAGGCAGCGCCGCCCCAGGUUUAUGUCGCCAUGCAGCACUAUGGAGUGAAUGGUUACUCCCUCCACGCCAUGAAUUCGCUGAGCGCCAUGUACAACCUCCACCAGCAGGCAGCUCAGCAAGCCCAGCACGCCCCUGACUACAGGCCCUCGGUGCACGCCCUCACCCUGGCAGAGAGACUGGCUGACAUCAUUUUGGAGGCACGUUAUGGAUCCCAGCACCGCAAACAAAGGCGAAGUCGCACGGCUUUCACUGCCCAACAGCUUGAGGCAUUGGAGAAGACCUUCCAGAAGACUCAUUACCCAGAUGUGGUGAUGAGAGAGCGGCUGGCUAUGUGCACAAACCUACCUGAAGCCAGAGUCCAGGUUUGGUUCAAGAACCGGAGGGCCAAAUUCCGAAAGAAGCAACGUAGCUUGCAGAAGGAGCAGCUGCAGAAGCAGAAGGAUUGUGAAGGGAGCCACAGUGAGGGAAAGGCGGAGCCACCCGUGCUGGAGACCCAGGCCACCACCCCGGACACUGAGAAGGUCCAGAGCCUCCCGAGUGAGGUAGGCGCGGAUCUCAACCUAACCCUAUCAGAACAGUCGGCCAGUGAGUCUGCUCCCGAGGACCAGACCGACAGAGAGGAGGAGUUUAAGAGCACCUUGGAUGAGGCUAAAUUGGACAAGAGCCCUGAUGUGGACAGCAAGGCUUUGAACUGCAAGAGAGCGAGCCCAAAAGCAGAAUCCCCUAUCAGCGCGACUGUGACACCUUCAUCCAGCAGUGGCCUGGCUCAGACUCACUCCUACUCCUCCUCUCCCCUGAGCCUCUUCCGCCUGCAGGAGCAAUUCCGCCAGCACAUGGCAGCCACCAACAACUUGGUCCAUUACUCCUCCUUCGAAAUGGGGACACCAUCUGCCAUGCCUUACUUGGGCAUGAACGUCAACAUGACACCACUGAGCUCCCUGCACUGUCAGUCUUACUACCAGUCACUCUCCCACGCUCAGCAGGUCUGGUCUUCACCCAUCCUGCAGGCCUCCAGCUCCCUUCCAAGCCUGAACAGUAAAACAACAAGCAUUGAGAAUCUAAGGCUCCGGGCAAAGCAGCAUGCGGCAUCCCUUGGGCUUGACACCCUACCCAACUGACUGCCAGAUGAUCUACCACUGCUCCUGAGAAGAUGCACCAGAGGUUGGCACUAGACAUAUCACUCCUUGAACCCCCACCCACCCUCAUCUCUUCCUGGAGUAAGGUGCUCCCUUUCAGGGAAAACCUUGCAUUUAUUAAUGUCUUAUUAGCACCAUGAUUACAUCAGACAUUGCUACCGGCCUUGUCUUCGCUAAGUAUUUAAGGAGGAAGGGGGAAAGGAUGUAUGUUUAGACAAACAAACUGUCCUCUGGACGGCCAUGAGUUAAGCCUGUAACGUUCAGGAGAAACCCCCCUUCCUCAGCCCCACGAUAAUGUGCCAACUGUGUUAUAUACACCUUUUCUUUUUGUUGUUGUUGCAUUCUUUGGGAAAAGAAAGAGUCCUGCUUUGUCUUGUAUAUAGUUUAUAAUGGUGACAGCACUGAUCGCCUGUGUGUUACUGUCAGUGUUACAGAACUGUGACCUCUUUUGCUUUUAUUCCCCCUUCCUUCUCAAUUUUAGUAGCUAGUAUCAAAGUUACAAAUCAGCCAUCCUUCUGACCUCAGCUCGUAGCUAGUUGCUCUUCUUGGGUCAGCAUCCUAACGGUGUUUCUGAUGAAGAACAACAAUUAUGCACUUCACCGCUCCACUUCUCCCUUCUCUGCUAAAGCCAAUUUUAUAACAGCUGGGAAAUGACAUGAAGGUGAAUUUCCUGUCUAAGCACUUCCUAUAAGGCAAGCAUUUUUUGUUUACUUUUUCGUAGCACUUGUUCAAAGACAGAGGACAGAAUAAUGGCCAGAUGCUUCUGGCUGGGGAGAAAAACUGAAAGCCAAAUUCACAGGAUUGUUUUUGAUCUAGAUUUUUUACUCUUUGAUCUUCAGUGAAGUGUAAAGUCGUCUAUUUACAAAUUAUGGGGGGGGUCUUUUUGGAGAGCGUUUUGGUUCAAAGUUGACAAUAGAAAAUAAUAAAAACUUUGUAUGAACUCCCAGUGUGUUCAUACACCAUGAAUCAUAUGGUUCUUUGACAAAAACUUGAUUAAUGCAAGCUGUGUGUAGAAAACCCCUCUGAUCACCAAAUUCUACCCUCAAGCCCUGCAGCUUCAGAAACUGGUUAGCAAGUGAAAAGUUAACAAGUGAAAAAUGUCGCAAUGCUGGAGGCAAAGCAGGUGAUGAGCAGAGGCUCUGUAGUCUCUUUGUGUUCACUGAAGCUGAGGUGCAAUGGAUAAACCGGCCAAAACCACAAGAUUUGCAAGUAACCAAAAAUCACCAGCUUCAAAAUUAUCUCAGUGAACAGUUUUAGCCUGGUUUCGUUGGAUUGACCGUUCAUCCAACAUGAGGAGGGUCUCCCUGUUGAGAAGCAAUGUUUCUGCCAACUCAUAUCAUGGGGGCUUCUUUUUCGGCCAAACCAAAUAAAUCCUUUGAACCCACUGCUGUUAUCCUGCGCAUUAGGGAGGGAUGAUAUCCAGAUCUAAUCUCUAAUAUUGCCAAAGAUGGAAAAAUCCAGACUGCCUCUGUGGCAGGUGCUGGAUUUGAAUCCCACGGGUGUCAGCCAGGUCUGUGGCUAAAGCACAGGGCAGAGUUGUGAUAAUUCAUUGCAGAUGAUCAGCUGGUCCAUACGUGGUUUAACCAUGAAGUGCAGACCCACAGACUACAGCCUCUUUUGCUCCCACCUUGCUUCAUAACAAGGAAGGAGCCAGGGGCCAAAUUACCUCUUAAAACACGGCCGGGGGGAAAGAACAUUUUCAGCUUCACUAAUGCCUCUCGAAAGAGCAUCUAACUCCUUCUAAUAGAAAUGUAAGAAGAGCCAGGUUUGAUGGGAAAUGGUGGUUUAUCCCUCAUAAUGCUGUAGCAGGAGCAGACUUCUUGAGGGAGCAGCUCAACGACUGCACCAGCUUCCAAGGAAAAUGGAGCAUCUUCCUGAAACAGUUCUGUUGUGCCAAACACUUCAGUUUUGACUGUUUCUCUCCUGCUUUAGUUUUUCUGACUUUGUCAAAUCACCUCCCGUGACCAGCAGAAUACUCCACUUUGCCAAAACCAAAUGUAUUUGUAGAAAGUAGAUUCUUGGCUGCUGCUUUCAAAGGAGUCUGAUUAAAUUAAAACCACCAAAGUGCAUUUACUGUCUCUUAAAAAGAUCCUUUGAAAGUCCUAGCUUUCAUUUUUUUUGCAGCAGUGGGCGCCUGUCUCCUAAACCAGGGACACUAAAACAAAGCUUUAAUUUUUCUGCUCCCCUUUCCUCAAAAAGAUACAGACACCUCUUUUUUUUUUUUCUGCCUCCUGCUAACCUCAGCACACCCGUAGGCUACGGAGUAGCUUUGCCAGAGUAGAGCAACUGUAAAUUUAAUUAAUGCCCUCUCUGAUGUUGUUCCCUGGUUCCAGUCUAGACUGAGCUGAUGAAGCGAACAAGGGUGGUAACUGGCAGGAAGACCGUAUCCGGACUUCAGGUCUUCUUUAAGAUGCCCUCGAAACUGCAAGUCAUGCCAAUGAGUGUUUCAAACAGAGAACAGAGGGUCAUAGUUGCUCGUGUCACCUCAGAUAAGAGGGGCAUCUCUCCUCUGUCUAGGUCCCACAGGGCUGGAAAGGGUGACGUCUGCUCACAUCAGGGCAGAUACAGCUUUACCAUAGGUCAGGAUGCGUAUCACAGCCAUAGGAAGGUCAAAAUAUGUGGAUUUAUGCCCUGCUUCUGCUAUGAGGAGACAAGGAGCGCAGAAGAUAAGCUCCCUUGAUCCAGCACUAGAUUUGCCAUGAUCCUCCGGAAGGAGGUGAGUCCUUCCCCAUCGAGCACAGAGAGAAAUUAUUCCCUGUGCCUCAGUGCAAAAAUUUAUUUAACAUUCACUGCCCGCAUACGUCUCAACUGACCCUGAUUCCUGAUCCCCUUCAUCCCCUCUGGUGUCACUGACAUCCUCAGCAGGCUUGGAUCAGCUACCACGAACCUCCCAGAUGGAGCAUCUGGCGCACCAUUAAACCAUGGACAUCGGGAUGAGGCUAACACAGCCCAGAAAACAAACCGGGGGAGGAGAUGUCCAGACCUCCAUCAGUCCCUAUCCUAGGGGUGUCUGUUCAGUGCCAUCCUCAUCUGCCUCCGUGUGCUGCAGCAGCUGAUCGAGGUGCCGCCAGUCCUGGACCAGGGCAUGAGUAUAUUUCUUACUUAGAUAUCAUUUCUCCAUUCUGAAUCAGAGUGAAAAUAUCUAAAAUUUUAAAAUAAACAAAAGAAAAAAAAAUUGCUUAAAUAUGUAUGAGCUCUUGAAGUUUUUUUUUAUGCCAAGUUUGAGGUUCAUCUUCUUAUGCUCAAAAUUAAACAUCUACGACAGGAGUAAGCAGACACUCAAAGCCAAAAACUGGUUUGGAAAUUCAAAAAAGCAAGAAUUUAGACUCCUGGCUUGCAAAAGUUUAGUAAUGAAUUAUCUGCCAAAACUGAUUCUUUCCUGCAUAUUGUUUUAAUGUUGCUGGGCUUUGGGUUUUUUUCUGAAAAAAAAACAAACUAACAAAAACCAACACAGGGAGAGACUCCCCAUCCAGUUCAAGCCCGUGUAUGUAGCGGGAAGACCAAAGGGACUAAUUCUGCAUCGUUCCUCUUUGAACUUUGCAAAACUGAAAAUUUUUCAGGGGGGAGAAGUACUCCUGCAAAUGCCCCCUGAUUUGUGACAGAGAAGGUGAGGUCUGCUUGUUCUCUUUCCUUCCACUGGUCUUUAGGAAAAUGAGGUUGUUGGUGGAGUCUCAGGAACAAAAUUGAAUGAGUUUUCCCACCCCUCACUGUCCAGGCAGAGAUCCGUUUUAACAAACAUUGUGCUUGGAUAUAACACAGUUUCUUCCCUCAUGGGCAUAAAAUGCCUGGAGUGUAACCCAGACAUCCUACCCGGUCAGACGGGCAAACUAUUUUUGAGGGAAAAAAAAGCACCUAUCUAUCUUCUCUGGAUGCUGUGCCAGCCCAGUGCUGGGGAAGGGCAUCCCUGGUACAGUUCCAGCCGCAAGGAGAUAAAUUUAAGAAGAGAAGCAACAUUUUGAGUUUCAUAAUGUAGACUAUUAAGUUGAUUUUUUUUUUAAUACAUGAAAGGAAAGCCAAAUAAGUGCAUAGCAUGGCAUAGAGGUUGGGAAAAGGAUACGUCCAGUCCUUUAAAACCAGUGAUGGAGAGACUGGGAGAAAAAUGUCCCCAAUUCCUAUUUUGAAACAGGUUAUGUAUUUGGAGAUUUCCUCUUUUGGUCUUUUUCCCUUCCUAUGGCUUUCCUUACGUUGCCUCUCCUUGGUGGAUCAGCUGUGGCUUCAAACCCUACUUACUGAAUUUUUAAAGGUUUUAGCUAUGGUCCUUGACGGAUCAGGGCCCAGGAGAAAACAGGUCACAAUAUUCAGGGUAAGAGUUUGCAGCUGAAUUUCUUCUACUUGGCAAGAGAAGUAUGAUAGGUGUUAUUAAAAUACAGGAGGUAUUUAAACGCUGCCGGAGAAAUAUUAAAUACUACCAGUGAGUAAAGAUCCUGCAAUGAUGCUGGGAGUGGGAGGCAGAAAGGGAAGCUCUUUUUUCCCUUUUUUCUUCUUAUGUAUUUUUUGGCAAAUAAGUGGAAUUAUUGUUGCUGGUGAAUAGGGGAAUAAAGAGAGAGAGGAGUUUCGCCUGUAUUUCUCCCACCAAAAAUCACCAUUUGCCGUACAGAAAACAAAAACGCUCCUGAACACAAAAAUAACCAUGAACAAGCAGACCCCCGUGCAUCCCAUUUAGGUAUUUUACCAAGUGAAGAAUUUCAGCCAGCUCUAGGUUUCUGUUGUCAAUGCAAGCAGCCAGAGAUGCUCAUCUUUGCUAAAGAAAAACCAAAGUGUGUGUGGACGCAGAGAGAACUGGAAUUAUUUCUGUCCCCAUGUGGCAUGUGUGGUGCUUCCAUUGGCACGACAAUUUUGAGCAACUUCGGGACGCUUCUGAAGAGUUAAUACAUAAAGGAUUAAAUAAACCUUUGUAGAAAGGAAAUGCAAAUUCAAAUCCAACAUAUUCUAUUAGUUUAAUUACAGUAGCUAUGAAACAUAACUCAAUUAGUUUGGAAAAAAGCCAAUUACAGAACUUUCCUGCUGGUUUUUACAAGCUGUGUUGAUUUUUCUUUUCCUCCUUCUUUACCCUUCCAUGCGCCCCUUGCUGAUUUUUUAUGAUCUGUUCUAGAGCAAAACAAUACAUCUCCUGUGUUUUCUAUUGAGUGAAAAAGCUGUUUCUCUGAGUAGGUCUGCUCUCAGUCCAAAUCCAUAGCAGAGGGAUAAGAAAAGGUUGGUGCAACAAACAAACAAAAAGCCCCCAAACAAACAAAUUUCCAGCAAAGCAAGAUCAAACGAACAAAAAUUCCCCCAUUCUGAUGUGUGUGACUUUCCCACCAUGUUACAAAACAGCCCAGUAAUGAUUAGCAUCCUGUUUUCCACGGACUUUGCGGACUCGCUGUUUCAAUCCCAGCUGCACAGAUAACAACGUCCGUGUUGUCCCUGCUUUCUCGGGGAAGAGAUACAAAAGCUGAGAUGUUGGCAUGUCCUCUUCUGCAUGUGGGCACCUCUCAUUAAUGAUGGCUCUCCUUAAUGCAAACACUCCUAAGGGUAAGAACCAGCUACGGCUCUGACCUGCUGUGAUGCCAUAGUGGAAUAAUUGCACUGAUUUCAGUGGAGCAACGCCACACAAAAGGACAAAAUAUAAAGAAUAUAAGAUUUGUCAUAUAUUAACAAAAACAUAUAGGGUUUUUAAUAGGCUGUGUGCCAAGCAAAAAGCAAAAGUUGUUUGAGAAACACAUACAUUAAACCCAUGGCAAGUUAAACAGUGCAUUCGGUACCCUACGAAGAGCCAAAGCCUUUUCCAGCUGCUCUAGCAAUUGAGCAGGGUCAUCUCAUACAGCAGAACUUUAGGAUCUGUGCAAUGCAAAAUAACUUUUUGGUUUAUUUUCUUAUGCCUGGAGGCAAUCACUUAAUUUUUUUCCCAGCUCCUGACCCAAGGCAUACAGUUAGCCCCGAAGUGUAACCGUGUUUGUGUGUCAAACCUAUUUUGCAAAGGAACAAAGGCUUUUAAAGGAGAACAAAAAGGAAGUAAAAGUAAUAUACUGUACAGAUCGCUGUAAAAUUGAGCUGUAGUGUAAGACCUUGUGCUUUAGAAUUCACUGUCAAGGAACUCAGAUGUGUAUCAUAUUUAUUUAUUCUGGUAGGUAAAAGAAGGGAAAAAAAGAGUUUAUAUUCAUUUCCGAAAAGCUACAGCAUGAUGCUAUGUACCAAUUGUACUAGUCCUGCUUUCUG